CCAACCCGGUCCACAUUCACUUUGGUCGCCAUUGUACACGGUUUUUGUUUUCCCAUUCCCGUUUGGGUCCGAAAAUCGCUGCCGAAAAGCGCUAAAACCAUGAAACAAAAGCAAUAAAAAGUGAGUGAUGGUUGCGUGCAGUGUAGUUGCGAUAGAAUAAACGCGUAACGCGCACCGGCACAGUGCAACGAGUGUGUGAUAAGCCGCAUCCGAACUACCAGCAAGAAGAAAGAGGUGUUCCGUGGGCGCUGUACGAGGAAAAGAAGCAGCGAGCAAGCAAAGCAAGAAGAAGAAGUAGAAGCAACAACGGAAAGCGUACCGGGGGCAGAGAGCAAUCAACGUACGAACGUGCGGGCGAGAUAAAUCCGUGUCGGUUGUCCGCAUCCGUCCCCGUCCGCGGAAGCUGGGCAGUUUUGCGCGGCCUAGUUGGGUGUUGGCAGGCAAAAACUUAACACACAGGAAGGGUGGAUUUGCAGCAAAGCUGAACAUAGUGCCAUUGAAGAGCUGUCUUCACACGCUCUUACCCGUAGACGGUAAGCAAUGUGGAAAAAGCAAGCCUUCCUGUGUUGGCUCGUAAGUGUCUACGUCGUGUGUCAGCUGGUCGCAGCGAAGAAUAGCCAAGUGCGAGAGGAAUACUUCAUUACCGGCAGUAACGGAACGCUGUCCUGUGCCACAUCCGAAAACCAGAACAUAGUGUGGCAAAAGAAUGGCGCAAACAUUUCAAACUCUCGCAUAUCGUUCCUUAUCGUGGACAGCAGCGAGGCGGUACGAAAGUGGCCGUACUUCGUACUGGAGGACGAGACGGACGAUGAAAAUGCUCAGAAACUGUUCUACACGCUGACCAUAAACAAUUUUACCAAAUCGGACGAAGGUAACUACACCUGCUACAACCUGGAAAAUGGUCUCAACGUGUCGUACACCGUACGCACCGUAAUUCUACCAAAGAUCACCCAAACUAGCAAUGACAAAAUUAGAACUAAGACGACCAGCAUCCAGCAGCUGUACUGUGUGAUCGAAGCAUUCCCGCUGUCCCACACUGUUUACUGGGUAAAGGAGGAUGCGUCGGGUGAAAACAGCAUGAAGGCGCUGGCCAACAACUCAGAACAGCGGGUGAUCGACGAACGGCACAUGAAUGCCACCCUAACGCUGCGCGAUCUCACAAAAGCCCACAACGGAACGUAUUCGUGCGUGGUAAUGCCUUCGGCGCAGAUGCAAGCCAACUACGAGGUAAAGAAAUCGAUGUCCCUACUGAUUUUGGAUGUGCCGCAGGUAACGAUCGAUUACGCGAAAGCGGUCGGUGCCAACAAGAUCUAUCUGAACUGGACGGUAAACGAUGGGAACGAUCAGAUUAAGAAUUACAUCGUGCGAUACUUAAAAACGGGUGAUCAGACGUUUACCUACUACCGUGAAAAGAUAGGAGGAAACAAUUCGUUCUACGUACUGGAUGGAUUCGAGCCUGGGACGGAUUACAAAAUAAGUUUGGGUGCAUCCAAUGGGCAGGGUGAUAGCAAGCAUCACGAAUACAGUGAAACCAUUCGUACACUCGAUACGGACCCGAGCUUUACGCCGCUAGUGGAAGUCAAGGGAAGCACCCAUUCAACGAUCACUAUCGGGUGGGCACCACCACCGGGAAAUCUCACCGAUUACAUCCAAUAUUACGAGCUGGUCGUAUCGCUUGCCAGCGUCAAUGCUUCCAUUAUGAAAAAGGAAGCAUUUCAUCCGCAGAACAGCCGCAAUUUACCGUACAUGUUCGAUAAUCUAGCCACGGCAACGGAAUACACCUUUCGUGUGCGGGCCUGCAGUGAGCUGACAAAGAUAUGCGGCAAUUGGUCAGAGCCAGUGAACGGCACGACCAGUGAUGGACAGGCGUCGUCUCCUCGGAACCUCAAAAUAACCUGCUCACAUCAUAACAUUUCCCGCCGUAACUUUGUGCGCGUGCGAUGGGAUGAGCCGGAAAUUCCAAACGGCAAAAUAAUGUCCUACCAAACCAUCCUGAGCGGGGUCGCUACCUUUCGUUCGGAAUUUGGCAUGAUGAAGAACGACAUCUGGGGACCGAAGAUCAAAAACAUCCACACACUAUCCACCGAGUAUGACAAUGUACCGCCGAACACAAACUACACCGUAAACGUUACGGCCCACACACGCACAAAGCGGCCCGGUGUGAUCGCAUCGGCCACCUGUACGAUGCCAGCCACAACGCCCGACAAUCUUGGUCGCAUCAGUUGGGGCAAGUUGCGGACGGAUCAGCACGAUUGGAUCUUUAAGUUGUUUUUGCCCCGUCUUUCCGAACGGAAUGGGCCGAUCUGCUGCUAUAAGAUAUACCUAACACGGAUACACAUUCACCACAACGGCUCACUGCCGGCGCCGGAGAACGCACACAUCACGAGUUAUGCUGACGUGCAUUCGAUCAAUAAUACCCACGGUGGAACGUAUCUGGCGGAGGUGUUCGCUGGUAUAAGCACGCAGACGGAGGUGUUUUUGGGCGAUGGGAAAAAUAGUCCCGCGGUAGGAUUAUGUCCACAGUGUCUUCAGUCGCGACCACCGGUUCAUUCGGAUGCCGACCGUUCCAUGGUAACAACAGAAUUGCCUGUUGCUAAAGAUGAUCUCCCAGCUGAUGACGAUGUGACAUCAGCACCUGGUGUAAGAACGGGCAACGAAGCAGUGCCAUUGGAAGAUGAACGUAAAGCGUCUUCCAACCAUGAGAAACGAGAUACGGGAAAGUAUUUUGAGCUAAUGAUGCCCCGUUUGGAAACGAUUUUUGACGGUGCCCUAGAUCCGACUAGUAAUUACACUGGUUUUCUUGAGGUUGUCGUUAAUACCGAUGGUGGUGAUGAUGGACGCUACGUAUCGACAUUUAGCGAAUACUUCCAAGAAAUGAAUGCCGGUGCACCAUCGGGAGAGGAUAGGGAUGGAAACGACAUCUCCUACAUACUGAACAUUGUUAUUCAAGUGCUGCUUGCACUGAUUGCCGUGGUCGUGAUUGUACUGAUGGUUCUCUGUUUCCUGCACAAGCACGUCAGUAACAAUAUAGCCCAGGAAGGUGAAACGAUUAGUUUGGGUGAUUCUCUAAGACGCGCCCUCUGCAAUGGUGGCCGCGGUGUUAAUGCUCAUCAUCGUCAUUUGCUCGGUUCCAACAGUGCCAAACCGCCGGUCCUUCCGCCGAUCUCGAAAGACGAUCUCCCGAAGGCGUACAACGAAAAGCACAAAGACUCGGACUACGGCUUUCAGCAUGAGUUUGAGCUGCUGCCGGACAAGUUUGCCGAUCGGACGACCAAGAACUCGGACAUGAAGGAAAAUAUGCCGAAGAACCGGUAUCCCGACAUCAAGGCGUACGAUCAGACUCGGGUGAAGCUAACGCCGCUGAACGGAUUGGCUGGAUCAGACUACAUUAAUGCGAACUUCGUGAUUGGAUACAAGGAGCGAAAGAAGUUCAUCUGCGCCCAGGGUCCAAUGGAUGCAACGAUCAAUGAUUUUUGGCGCAUGAUCUGGGAACAGCAUCUGGAGAUUAUCGUGAUGCUUACAAAUCUGGAAGAAUACAACAAAACCAAGUGUGCAAAAUACUGGCCCGAAAGUACGAACGAUUCUAUUCAGUACGGUGAGCUGCUGAUCACGUUCCAAUCUCUAACAUACUAUGCCGAUUAUAUCGUCCGCACGCUAAAGGUCACAAAACGGUCCGCCAGUUCGGGCGAGGAAACAUCGCGCGAGAUCAGUCAAUAUCACUAUUUGGCAUGGAAGGAUUUCAUGGCACCGGAACACCCGCAAGGCAUAACCAAGUUUAUCAAUCGAAUCAACUCCGAGUACUCGCUGCAGCGUGGCCCUAUAUUGGUGCAUUGCAGCGCAGGCGUCGGUCGUACUGGCACGUUUGUAGCGCUCGAUACGCUAAUGCAGCAGCUACAGGAGGAGGGUCAGGUGUUUAUUUUUAACACCAUUUGUGAUAUGCGAUAUCAAAGAAAUUUCCUCGUCCAAUCUUUGAAACAAUACAUAUUUUUGUAUCGAGCCUUGGCUGAGUUGGCCUAUUUUGGCGAUACAGAGAUUGAUCAAAAGUCAUUGGCAAGCACAAUUGAAGCACUCAAGCAACCGUCUUCGGAGAAUGUCGAAAUAUCACGGCUUGAGCUACAGUUUCAGCGUUUGAAAGCGUUCCAAGAGGACACGCGAAAAACCACAACGAUGGGCUCGAGUGAGGAGAAUAAGGUGAAAAAUCGCGCCGAAGCGUGCAUUCCGUACGAUAAGAACCGUGUCAUACUGGCCCCUAUACCCGGUCGGGAUCAUUGCACCUACAUCAAUGCGUCCUUUAUCGAUGGGUACGAUGAUGAGAACAAUUUCGUCAUUACGCAGGAUCCGAUGGAGGACACCAUUUUCGAUUUUUGGCGCAUGAUCUUUGAGCAACGCAUCAAAACGAUCGUCAUGUUUUCAGAGAUCGGUGACGGUCCAAACAAGUGUCCCAGGUAUUGGGCGGACGAAGAGAUGAAGUACGAGAAUUUGCUAGUGUCGUACAUUCAGAGUGAGAGUGGUCCUUACUACACGAAGCGCGAGUUUACCGUCACCAACUGCAAGACGAACGACACGAUCCACGUGACACAGUUCCAGUAUAAUGGGUGGCCGACGGUCGAGGGCGAAGUCCCCGAGGUGACCCGCGGUAUGAUCGAGAUCGUGAACCAGGCGCAGAAGCAUAGCUCUCAGCAGCAGGACAUUUUUACGAUUGCCGUUCACUGCAGUCUCGGAACGGACAAAAGUUCCCUUUUCGUUGCCAUGUGUAUAUUAGUGAUGCAGCUAAAGACGGAGAAACGUGUCGAUAUUUGCACGGUGGUGCGGAAACUUCGAGCACAACGUAGUUUAAUGAUACAGACAUAUGCACAAUAUGAGUUCUUGCAUAGGGCUAUUGUAAAUUUUGCUGAUCUGUAUAAAAUAUCGCUAGGCAUCGUAAACGAUUGUUGAUAGAAGGCAUAAACCGGCUCGAGAUAGUAAUUAAUAUUCGAACAAUAUUAAACCAAUAUAUUAAACAGCAAACACUGCAAAACAAAACAAAAUACAAUAUAUACGUAUCGUAAGGCGACAAUGAGGAUGGUAGGAUUGAUACUGAGUUUAGGGUCAGUAACGAAUGUGGCUUCCUUUGAACGAAAAAAGAGGGCGAAGGAAAAGGGAAUUAGCAAGACAGAUUGUAACAGGAAACAACAUAGCAUAUGCAGCAUAGCACAAGAAAACGAGAAUGAAGGCUUAUAUUAUCUGAAACGAUUGACAAACAAGAAAGUUCCAGUUAAGUGUUAAGUAGGUGGCUAGUGUUGCGCUAUUAGAAGAGGGAAGCCGAACGUGAAAGGUAUGAACCGCCGAAAACACCGAAACUUAGAAGUUUAACACAGUAAAGAACGAUAAACAAAUGAUAAACAAAACACUAACAUAAUGAGGGGGCUUUGUAGCUCCUUCUUUUUUUGGAACAUUUUAUGUGAAGAAUGACAAUUAGGAUUAACUCUUUUUAUAUACCGAAUACACUGAUACCACGCGAUACAAGGAACCAACCCGACCGUUUCUACAACAAAUGAAUCUGGAGGGGCGCCGAGAACUAAACAGAGACAGGAGACUAAGUCGAUAAUUAUGUACCCUUUUUUUGUUUUGGAUUCGGUUUGUGUUUUUUUUUGCAACCAAUCGCAGCUAGCCGUUUAUAUCAACCUCAAUUUCAACUCAGGCCAGCCGCCCAUUAAACAGUGCUGGAACAAAGUGAUGGAUGGGUGCAUUAGAGGCAAGUUCCAUGUCUUGCGUGCCACCCAACCGUGAUAGUGCGGGUGGUGUAUGAGGGUAUACGUGCCAUCGUAAUAGAGUUUUUUUUCUGUUUGUCAUAUUUUGCCCGAACAACGAUCGCCACACAAUAGUAGGGACGCAUAGUGGAUGAUGAGUGGAUUAGGACAUAAAAUUCACUAGCAUAGAAGUGUAGACUGUUCCCAAGCACCACACCCACACACGCGCACAGAAGAGAAAAGGCAACAAAUAAUUGUGUAAACAUUUUGUGCCGAACAAACGAAAUGCUUUUGCUGUUACAUGAAUCUAGUCUGAUAUGAUAACCUGACCAGCACUUUCUCUGAUGCGUUGCAGCCGUAGCGAGAUGCAAAAGUAAUAAUAAUUUUCCAAACUCAAACCAUUAUCGGUGCGCUGCUGCAAUUUGCACUCACUGAAAGCAUUCCAUUAAACGCGUGCGCGCCAAGCCUAAGUUGGUGUGCGGCCGUAUUGCUCAUUGUUCCCGCGCGUGUUGCAUUUUGUAUCGAUUGUUUUGAUUUGAGUUGAUCGAUUGGCAACUGGUAUAUAUCACUGUGGUCCAAUGCUUCGGUAGAAUCACGUUAAUGUUUUAUUUACUCGCGACAAUCCGUAGAAUGGAGGAUCAAAUUCUCUAAUGCCAUCGCCUCGUCCAAAGCACACACGUACAUUCAAAGCUACCACAGCAUACAAUCACACACACACGCACGCAUGCAUACAUUAAUACAUCAACAAAAAAAGAAUCAACAAUUACUCAUUAAUUAUAUCGAUAGGCGUAAUAUAAAAUACGAAUCUAGAGAUAGAAACGAAUAGAGCAAGCAAGGAAACAUGAACACACGAGGUUGAGAGAACGAGCAUCGGUCUGCGACGAACGUUUUGUUUACGAUUUAAGUUAAUGCUUCUCAUUCCCUAAGUCAUCCCAUACCUCUCAUACGACGGAGCGGAAACCGUACCAUCACGAAACAUGUUUGCCAUGGCACAAUUAGAACAAUGAACCCAGCAACAACAUAUUACACGAUAAGCGAAAUUCGUAAAGACGAACUGUGUACCGCGCUGCCGACCCGUGCAUGGGCCGUCGUUUAUGUUUUGUUUUGUAAAAGAAAUAGGACCGUUUAGGGAAGGAAUAGAUAUUUGGCUUCUGUGGAGCCGAGUAAGUCAAACAAGCGCACAAACAUUUGUUUUUAAUGCUCAACUGCCUGCCCAACCCAACCAACGCAAGCGAAUUUGGUAAGGCGAAUUGGGCCAUUUCUUUCGCUGACGCUGUGCCUUUCCAUUCACUGCGUAGUGUUUUUAGAAACCGAAAGGAUGGAUUACACAUGCCCGGCCGCAGUAGGAAUCCCGCUUGUAGGAUCGCUUUUGCGUGAGAAAUGUAAAGCGCUGACAGUUUGCAACAGUGUAACAAUGUAUGAAUCACACACCUAGAAGGAAUUUUCUUUUUUGCUUAUUAAUGUUUAGAUUUGAUGGAGCAAACACAGAUAAGGAAGUAAGGAUGCUGCAAAGAAGCUAGGAAUGAUCUUUUUUCAGCAUAAAAAGGAAACAAAUCAUCUUUGUUUUUUGUGUGUGUGGUUAAUCUAGACGAUCAAAACAUUCGACCAUAAUAUCGCGAGCCGGUUAUCGCGUUCUAGCUGUGCUUCAGUUGAUUUUCUAUUAAGUAGACAUUAUCCUAAGCAAGCAAGCAAACAAACAAAAAAGCAGCAUAAUUAUCAAAACGAAAGCGAAGCGCAACGUGACACAGAUACUCUAGAACUACAAAAAAAUACCUCUAUUUGUGUGUAAUAGUCAAUAAUGAUUAAGGCAUCCAACAGCAGCAGCAACAAAUACCAGUAUGAUAUUUCUUUAGCGUAUUUGUUCAAAAGCCAUUCGUCAGUGGAGAAGAAUUCGAAUUCCGAAACAGCUGACACAAACAAACGAAACCAUUAUUCCGCAAGCAGCCAACAAACAUGCCGAUUAUUGGGAACAUGCGGUAAAAGAAACAGGUUAGCACAAAAAGAAAACGCAAAACAAAAAUCAAACGAAACCCCAAGGCCCCGGGUAAACCGUUGUGGCGGUGCGUUGGUCCGUAAUUGCAAAUAUGUACAGCAGCAGGAGAAGCAAAACCAUGCUUCUGAUUUCUGAUUCUCUAUUGGUAUUCUUGACCCUUGGAUGCAAUAAGCAAUCGUUCAAGGAGCAAGGAUAACCACUCAGAACUAAUGCUCUCUCUACUACCAAGCAGUAGGUAACACUGUGGCUUUUAUUGCCUGGUCCGCCUGCACCCUUCUGACUGCUCCUGCCUGUUGUGCAGCAGUAGAUUGAGAAUCGAUUAUGUGUAUGUGUGCUAAGAAUUUGCAAUUUAUUGUGUAAAAACAAAAAAAAAACAAACCAGAAAUGUGCGUUUGCCAUUUUUUCAGCUUUUCCCAAGAUAAAACACACUCACACACACACACAUUAAAGGAAAGAAUCGAACAAGAGGAUUUAAUUGGUAAGCGGAGUUGUACAAGAAGCGAAGGAAAGUAAAAAAAGAAAGGAAACAUAAGAACAGAAAUGGUAAUAAUAAAAGAAAAUGAUUAUGCAAUUGAGAUACCGUGAAUAAAUACAACAAAGAAUGAA